AUGGCCAUGGAGGAGCUGCUGCAGAGGCUGCUGGACUCGGCACACAACGCCGAGGACUUGCUGGACGAGCUGGACUACUUCCGCAUCCACGACCAGCUAUAUCAUACAUACGAUGCUGCUGACCAGCACGGCAAGGGUUGUGUCUGCAACCUCGCCCUCAAUGCUCGCCAUACCGCCAAAGCUCUUGCCAAACAGCUGUCAUCCUUGUCUGCGUACUGCUUUGGUGCCAACACUGGUGGUGAUCACCGGCAGGGAGUUGCAAGACAACAUGUCAUUUGUUGUGCUUGGCCGUGUGGCAGGCAGAGACUACCUGUCGAUUCCUCCUCGCCGCCAAAUGCCAAUCAGGCUGGUCAGGAGCUCAGUGGAUGCAUGCCAAAGCUCGGUAAAAUCCUCCCUUGCGCAUCUUCCCCGCAUCCACAUGUUCAUGGUGAUGAAGUUGGUGCCAGUGUGCAAGAAACACCAAUGCAUGAGUUUAAUAGGGUCGAUUUCUCCCAAAGGAUGAAGGACACUGUAGAGCAACUAAAGCUUAUGCGCAACGAGGUUACCAAGAUUCUGCAAGGUUGUGACCCUAGAACCAUCCCAGACAUUGCCCAGAGCCGUCCCAUCACCAAAGGUCGAAUUGAUGAGCCAAAACUGUACGGGAGGGAGACUGUCAUGAAUAGCAUCAUACAUGAUAUCACCAAGGGUCAAUACUGUACCAAGGGUCUAACUGUGCUUCCGGUUGUUGGUCCUGGGGAAAUGGGAAAGACAACUCUGAUACAACACAUAUAUCGCAACCAACAGGUGCAGAAUCAUUUUCCAGUCAGGAUUUGGAUGUGUGUGUCAUUCAAUUUCAAUCUGGAUAAGGCGCUAGAACAGAUUGAAGUAGGUACUCGUCCAGUUGAAAGUGAAAAGGAGGGCAGUACAACUGAAAAGUUGAUUGAAGAAAGAUUGAAAUCUAAAAGGUUCUUACUUGUAUUGGAUGAUAUAUGGCAGAUUAGUGAUGUGGGUGACUGGGAAAAACUCCUGUCGAUACUCAACCAAUCACAAGAAAAGGGUUCCAUGGUUCUAGUCACAACUCGGUUUCGAGCAAUAGCACAGGUGGUUAAAACAACUGGCCAUUCAAUAGAACUGGAUGGUUUAAAUUCUGGAGAGUUUAGAAAGUUGUUUCUCACAUUUGUCUUUGGCGAUGAGCAAUGUCCAAGGGACAAACAUUUUCUGCUUGAGACCGGAGAUAAGAUAAUGGAAAAACUAAAGGGCUCCCCUCUUGCAGCAAGGACUGUUGGCAGAUUACUGAGUAAAGAACAUAGUUUGGGGCAUUGGAAAAGGGUCCUAAACAGUAAAGAAUGGGAAAAGCAAACCAAUGGAAUUAUGUCUGCCUUGAAGCUUAGCUAUGACUUUCUCCCUUUCCAUCUGCAACAAUGUUUUUCCUAUUCUGCAUUGGUUCCUGAAGAUGUAUAUCUCAGAAGCUAUGAUCUCAUCAGCCUGUGGAUCGGACUAGAUAUUUUGAUACCUAGUGAUCAAAAUCAAACAUCUGAAGAUAUAGGUUUGAGCAAUUUAAAUGAGUUAGUCAAUUAUGGAUUUUUCAGGGAAGAUAUAGGUCAGCGGUAUGUUAUGCAUGACCUACUACACGAUUUGGCAUUGAAGGUUGCAUCGCAUGAUUGUCUUUGUUUACAUCUCCCUAAUGUUGGAUCAGUGGUAAUUCAGCCAACCACCCGUCACUUGUCUAUAAGCACACAUGACUUAGGCAAAUAUGAUGCAGUGUCAGGUGAAAAAUUAAGAAGUGAAUUGGAAGAACUGAAGACAAAAUUGAAGGUUGAACAUUUGCACACAUUGGUGUUAUUGGGUAAAAUGGAUGGAAGUUUUGCCAAGAUAUUUGGUGAUUUUUUUUUUGGAAGCAAAUGCUCUUCGUGUUCUUUAUUUGUUUGA